GUUGUCUAUUAAGCGCCGGAUUAGGGGGCUCUCCUUUAUCUAAUCAAAUGAACUUUGAGAGAAGAUAAAUGGCUGCAAUGAGGGUGUAGGGGAAUUGUAAAUAUUUUGACCGGUAUUUCCCACACUUUAUACUCCUGUGGACACCAUGAAGCAGGUCGGGCUGGACAACUGGGUGGACAUUCUUGUCCUAAGCUUGUAUUUCGCAUUUGUGAUGGUGGUUGGAGUUUUGUCUAUGUGCAGAAAAGAAAGAAAUACGACGAAGGGAUACUUCUUGGCAGGUCGCUCCAUGUCGUGGUUUCCGAUAGGUGCAUCAUUAUUCGCAAGCAAUAUUGGAAGCGAACAUUUCGUCGGUCUUGCUGGUAGUGGGGCAGCUGGUGGAAUAGCUGUAGUCGCGUUUGAAUGGGGUGCUGCGCUUUGUCUUCUUCUGCUAGGAUGGGUCUUCCUGCCUGUGUAUCUGUCAUCUGGGCUGUUUACCGUGCCCGAGUACCUGUCCCGACGAUUCGGAGGACGCCGUCUCAGAAUCUAUCUCAGUGUGCUGUCAUUGUUUCUGUACAUAUGUACUAAAAUAUCGGUUGAUAUUUAUGCAGGAUCCGUGUUUGUCCAGCAGUCGCUGGGAUGGAAUAUCUAUAUUUCAAUAGCAGCCAUAUUAGUGGUCACUGCUAUAUAUACGAUUGUGGGUGGAUUAGCAGCAGUAAUUUUCACCGAUACGUUACAGACCAUCAUCAUGCUCAUCGGCUCCGUCAUCUUGGCCAUUUUGGCAUUCGUAAAAGUCGGGGGUCUAAAUGCAUUGAUGGUUAAGUAUUUCGAAGCAGUUCCAACGAAACAUGUAAUGUUAUACUCAAACAACACAAACGCAUCUGAUACCCUGAACAUGACGUAUAUUCAUUUGACCAGUCAUAAAUGUGGUCUGCCUCGUUCAGACGCUUUCCACAUUCUGAGACAUCCUUUGACCUCUGACCUACCAUGGCCUGGUGUCCUAAUACGAUCAACAUUUGUAUCCAUGUGGUAUUGGUGCGCAGAUCAGGUUAUUGUUCAACGUACCUUAGCAGCAAAGAAUAUUGGGCAUGCGCGUGGAGCUACUAUAAUGGCCGGGUAUUUGAAGUUCUUACCGCUGUUCCUCAUCAUUAUGCCCGGGAUGAUCAGUAGAGUUUUAUUUCCAGAUACAGUGGGCUGUGCUGAUCCUGAUACCUGUAGGGAAGUGUGUGAUAACCCCUCUGGUUGCUCCAACAUUGCAUAUCCACGGCUCAUUUUAGAAUUAGCUCCAACAGGCUUGCGUGGCUUGAUGAUCGCGGUUAUGAUGGCUGCUCUGAUGAGUUCACUGACGUCAGUGUUUAACAGCGCUGCCACUGUGUUCACCAUGGACAUAUGGAGACGUCUGCGGAGACAGGUGACUGAGAGAGAGCAGCUGAUUGUCGGAAAGAUCUUUGUGGUUUUCUUGGUCGGUAUUAGUAUUUUAUGGAUUCCCUUGAUUCAGGCGGCUCAACAAGGACAACUGUUCCUCUACAUUCAAGCUCUGACUGGGUACAUAGCUCCGCCUAUCUGUUCUGUAUUUCUAUUGGCUAUUUUUGUACCCAGGGUGACUGAAAAGGGCGCCUUCUGGGGCAUGACGGUGGGUCAGAUAAGCGGGCUAAUAAGGAUGGUGUUAGACUUCAUGUAUCCCACUCCAGGGUGUGGACAACCAGAUAAUCGUCCAGCUAUUGUUGCCAAGGUCCAUUUUACAUAUUUUGCCGCCAUGCUUCUGGUUCUAACGGCUUUGGUAGUAGUAUUCAUUAGUCUCCUAGAGAAACCAAACAAAAACAAAGAGACAAAAGGAUUAACGUUCUGGACAGUCGAACGCGUAAGACCUCCACCGAAGGAAGAACCAUAUGUUCCAGAAUCUGUCUUGGAUGAUGAAAUAUCAGAAGAGCAAAGUGAAGACAAGUAUGUAUCUUAUCCUAUGAAAGACUUCGAAAAUGAGGCAUACCAUAGUGACGAGAGUGUUGAGGAACAUGUGAAUAUCGUUCACGAAGAAAUUGAAUUCCAAGAUGAAAUGAGCCAUGUUCAAGAUCAGUCGAAUGAAUCCAUUCCUUUUGAAAAGGAACGCCCAACUCUUAGGAGAACCAAGUCAAACCGUGACGCUGUGUUUGACAAAGUAAUUAGGAUUAGUCAAACGGAGAACACAGUGACCGAUUACAUGGUGGAAAACGGGACCGAUCCAAAGGACGACACUGCGGAGGCAGACGAACAUACGGUGGAACUAAGGAACAAAAGAAUAAGAGUAAAAAAAAGUUCAUAUGCCAGCGAUAUGUCACUGGAGAUCCAUUCAGAAUUCCUUAAGAGAAAAAGUGAGGUGGAGAAGGCCAAUGAAUUAGAAAGGAUUCAAGAACAGGAAAUGGCGAGACAACGAGAGCUCAAACGACAACGGGAAAUAGAACGACAGAAAGAAUUGGAACGAUUAAAAGAAAUAGAGAGACAGAAAGAACUAGAAAGGUUAAAAGAGAUGGAGAGACAAAAAGAACUAGAAAGGUUAAAAGAGGUAGAGAGGCAGAAAGAGAGGUAUCAACAGUUACAGAAGAUUCAGGAGAUCAAACGCAGAAAUCUGGAGAAGAAAAGAGAGAUCGAGGCUCAAAGGCGGCAGAAAAGCAAGGACCCAGUGCAAGAUGUAAUGAGAAAUAAACUAUACAUAAGCUUCAAGUUCAACAUCUUCCUUAAUCUGAAUGCUAUCCUCCUUCUCUGUGUGUUUGUCUUCCUGUAUUGUGUAUAUGCCUGAUCCAACAUUGAUAUUAAAGUUUAGUACACUCGGUCAA